CACACGGCCCCCGCCCUCCCAGCCAGCACGCCCGCCGCGCCUCAGUGCCGUGCCCGUGUCCUGUCCGCCCUCACGCCCGCAGCGGUGCCCGGAGUGUGGCGCGCCCCCAGCCCCGCCCAGCCGCGCCCCUCCAGCAGGAGCAGCAGCAGCCUCGUCAGCAGGGCAGCGUCAGCAGCACAGCGGCCCAGGGUGUGGCGCCCCAGCCCAGCCUGCCUCUGCACCGCCACAAUCAAUACCGGAGCGCGGUGUGCUGCCCUGCCCGCCGUCCGCCGCCCGCGACCCCGCCCACCGCCCGGAGGUUACUCAACACUUCCUUAUAAGGUCCCCCAGGGCGCCGCGUUCCCCCUCCCCCCUCCCCCUUGGCACGGCAGAAGGGAAGAGUGAAGACAAGGAAGGGAGAGGAAAACACACACACUGAUAGGAUAACAAGUAUGGCCCGAGAGUGGGUGGCGGGCGGCUGUGGCGGGGCGGCGGCGGCGGGGCGCGACGCUGUGGCGGCGGCCGCAUGAGGGGCGGCGGCCAGCGGGUGUUUGACUCAGCGAGUGACGGGGGGCGCCGUUCCCCCGCCCACCUGCCCCGCACCGCCCACUCCACGCCCACGCCGCCCCGCCCCUGCGUGGUGCUGCCUCGCCCCUUCACGGCGCCCGCCACGGCCGGGUACGCCUCGCCGCUCUCCCCCCCGCCCUUCCCCGCGUGCCUGCCGCCGCCGCCGGCCCAGGGCACGCCUUUGGGCACGCCGCUGGGCACGCCGCCCUCGCCCUGCUACAGCUGUUCGUGCGGCGCCUCGAGCGCGUCGUCGCCGGGCGCGUGCCGCGUGCACGAGGGCGUGUUCACGUGCCCGCCGCCCCCGCUGCCGGUGACGUGCGGGGCCACGGAGCGGGAGAGCGUGGUGGGGCCCCUGGUGGUGGGUGAUGGGGCCAUAGUGGUGCCCGGGGACCAUGACCAGGAGGUAUGGGCCCCAGCCCUCCCGUCACCCUCAUCGCAAGACAUUAAAGAAGAAAGUGUUAAGGAGUUGUUACUGAGACAGUCAUACACCGGCCUGGAUUAUAGCUGUAGCAUGAGAAGGAGAGAUGACAGUGUGAGUGAGUGUAGUGCGGGAUGCGAACACGCCCUCCCCCCCCCGAAGCCGUGGCCCGCGCCCCUCAGUAACGCGCCUUUUGGCAGCUUGCAGAAGCAGGUGUCGAUAAUGAGCCUCAACUUAACCACCAAGAUUGACGAGAUUCAGUGUCAUCAGCACGCCGACACCAGCGCAGCCCUCCACGCUAUCAGGUCGCAGCUACAGGACCUGACAAAGAGCCUGGAGAGCUGUCAGAGCGAGGUGGUAGAAGUGAAGCGUGACAUGGUGGCGAUCAAGCAUGAGAUAGACACACUGCAGGCCGCUAAGGAGGAGAUCGAGGAGCUGAGGGACGCCGUGGAUCGCCUGGAGGAGCAAACACGACGGAGGAAGAUUCGGCUACUGGAGCAGGCUUCCUCUCUCUCUCCUCCGGGGUUGACAUGCUUCCUGUGUUAUGCAAUCUUCGCGGCAGUGCUGGGGAUGUUCCAGUUUGGCUACAACACUGGGGUCAUCAAUGCACCCCAGUCGGUCAUCGAGAACUUCAUCGGCGACUGCUGGAAGUCUCGCUACCACAGGAACAUUGAGAACAGCAAGCAGGAUCUCAUCUGGUCCAUCGCAGUUUCCAUCUUCGCUAUUGGGGGGAUGAUAGGAGGCUUCUGUGGAGGAUCUGUAGGCAACAAGUUUGGGAGGAAGAAAGGACUGCUGCUCAAUAACCUGCUUGGAGUCGGAGGUGCCUGUCUCAUGGGCUUCUCUCAGAUGUCCAACUCCUUUGAAAUGCUCAUCCUAGGUAGACUGGUCAUCGGUAUCAACUGUGGACUCAACACAUCCCUCGUUCCCAUGUACAUCAGUGAGAUCGCUCCGCUCAACCUGCGAGGGGGCCUGGGUACUGUCAACCAGCUGGCAGUCACCAUUGGCCUCCUGCUCUCUCAAGUCCUUGGCAUAGAGCAGCUCCUGGGUAACAAGAAAGCCUGGCCUAUCCUCCUAGGGUUGGCGGUGGUGCCGGCUGUGAUGCAGAUGGUGCUGCUCCCUGUGUGUCCUGAGUCGCCGCGGUACCUCCUCAUGUCACGCCAGAUGGAGGAUGAGGCACGCAGAGCCCUGCGCCGCCUGAGAGCCUCGUCCCAUGUAGAGGAGGACAUAGAGGAGAUGCGGGCAGAGGAGGCAGCCAGCCAGACGGAGGCCCACAUGACCAUGCUGCAGCUGGUGCGGAACUCCAAUCUACGCAUGCCCCUCACCAUCGGUGUGGUGAUGCAGCUCUCCCAGCAGCUGUCUGGGAUUAACGCGUUGGUCCUCUACUACUCCACCUCCCUGUUCACCGCGGCGGGCCUGGAGGAGUGGCAGUCCAAGUACGCUACGCUGGGGGUCGGCUCCGUCAUGGUGGUGAUGACGCUGGUGUCCAUCCCCCUCAUGGACCGGGCCGGCCGACGCACCCUGCACCUCUACGGCCUCGGGGGAAUGUUCAUAUUCUCCAUCUUCAUCACCAUCAGUCUCCUCAUCAAGGAAAUGAUGUCGUGGAUGACGUUCAUUUCCGUGAUCAGCACCCUCUGCUUCGUCAUCUUCUUCUCGGUGGGCCCUGGCAGCAUUCCCUGGAUGAUCACUGCCGAGCUCUUCUCCCAAGGCCCGCGCCCCGCUGCCAUGUCCAUCGCGGUGCUUGUCAAUUGGCUCUCUAACUUCAUUGUCGGCAUAGGCUUCCCCAAGAUGCAGGAAACCUUUGAGAACUACACCUUCCUGCCGUUUAGUGUGCUGCUGGGGUGCUUCUGGAUCUUCACGUACUACAAGGUGCCGGAGACCAAGAACAAAACCUUCGAGGAGAUAUCAGCUAUCUUCACCAGAGGGGUUGACAGACCAUUGAAGGGGGAGACGGGUCCUUAUGGGGCCACAGGGGAGAGGGAGGAGGCCCACCUGUAGAGCUGCAGUGCCGGCCUCCUCCAGCCUUGUCUUGCUUCCUGAACUGAGGCUGAAAACACACAUUCUCUCGCAACUCUGGUUCAUUCUGUCAGUGGGAGUGGUGACAAUGGGUACUCAAACUCUCCUAUCAUGGAUUUAGUUGUGAUUUAAUGCAUCUCUCCCUCUCCAAGUAUAUUUUUGGUAGUAGUAGUUCAUCAUUUCAGUUGUUAGAAAUGUGUCUAUUUAGUUUAUAUGGCAGAGGAUCAUGGGUAUUUUGAAUUGUCUUGAUUAGGGGGAUAGUUAUGAAAAGUGUCUCUUCCAUGUAUUCUUUCAUGGUGGUGAUGCUCUUAGUGCAGGAAAUAUCGGAAAUGUGUCUGCUUAACUUUGGAAGAGGAAACAGAGAUAUUGAAAUUCACUCAUUAGGAAAGCAGGUAUGAAACUCCAUCUCUAAAAUAGUUAUGGAAAUUAUGCGUCUCCUUCCAGCACAAUCAUAUUCAGUUCACCUUAGUAGGGAAGCAGUUUUGUUGUGUCUACGUAAUGCCUGAUGGUACAAGAGAAACAUAGGUAGUGGAAUUUGCUCUUUAUGGAAAUAUUUAUGAAAAUCAAGUUAUCUUCAAUAUAUUUACUCAUACAUAAUGCAUAAUGAUCGAUGAGAAACAAAGGUACUGAAAUCACUCAUUAUGGUAAUAGUCUCAAAAGUCAAGUUAUCUCCAGUAUAUUUCCUCAUAGCUGGUUCAUUCAUCCUCUCUGUGGAAAAUAGUAGUUGGGAGUAGUAUUGGUAACUAGGAGAGAAACUUGGGUGUAGUUGAAUUGUUCGGAAAACUUAUAAAAAAACUUAUAUUUCACUUUCAUAACUUGUUCAUUGUGAGUGGGAAAACAGUGCUGGAAAUUUAUGUACUCAAUGCACAGAACAGAAGAGAAAAUGGUGGUUAAUGGAUGCUCUCACUAAGGAAGUCGUUACGAAGGAUUUACGUAGCUGUUAUGGUUGAAGGUAUUUGAAUUAACCUGAUCAACCGAUGACACAGAUGAAACUAUAGUAUUGGAAUCUUUGUAGGAAAAUUAUUUGGUAUGAAAAGUCUGUGUAACUCUUACGGUUGAGGAGAAGUUGGUAUUUAGAUCUACGAGUAUAUGUCACAAGAGGAGCAUAGUGUUAGCCCUCUUAGUAGAAAUAUAUAAAUGAAAAUUCUACCUACUUAAUUGAUUGAAUAUAACUAGUGUGGAGUGAAAGAUGAAUACUUGACGUUAUGAAGGAUUUAUGUAACUUUUAUGGUUGAAGGUGUUUGAAUUAACCUGCUCAACAUAUGACACAGGUGAAGCUAUAGUAUUGGAAUCUUAGUUGGAAAAUUACUAGGUAUGAAAACUGUCUAACUCUUGUGGUUGAGAAGAAGUCGAUACAUGUAUUUAAAUCUUUAUAUCACAAGAGGAGCAUAAUAGUAAUCUUAGUAAGGCUAUAGCUAUGAAUAGUCUACCUAAUUAAUUGAUUGGAUAUAACUAGUGAGGAGUGAAGAUGAAUAUUUAAUGUGAAUGAAGCUCAAGUGAAGGGCAGCUGAACACUUGUGGGCUUCUAAAUAAUAAGAUGCUAAAUAAAUAAUGCAGAAGGAAGGGAAUAAAAUGGAAUGGCAAUAGUUAGAGUGUGGAAUAUGAGACAAAAGAUUUAUGCUGUUUGAAUAUGAAUAAAUGGAAGACUUAUGGGAAUGAGAAGAAAAUGCAGAAGGAAAGAAAGAGGUAAUAAUAUUGAUGUUUAGUGUUGGGAAUAAAAGACAAAGAAAAUUUACAUAGAUAUAACCAAAAUGAAUGAUGUCUGAUUACUGCUUCCUUGAAAUAAUGACCAAAAAUAUGAAAAGGAGAGAAUGAAGAAAGAAAAAGAUUGAACAAAUAUUAUCAACUAUUAUCCCAUGUGAGAAAUUUAUCUAUAUAUUUUUUUAUAUUUUCUUUUCUUUUAAUCUCUUCAGUACAAAGAUGCAUUUUCAUAUUCAUUCUGCUUACAAUAUGGUGAUUUUAUACAGCUCCAGAAACUUAUGUGCUGGUUAAAAUAAUGAAGACUGUGGCCAUUAAUCUUGUGACCUCCAGAGACCCUUCCUAAUGUAAAUAAAAUUGUCUAAUCGUACCCAAAGUCAUGGUGAAAAUGCUUCCCAGUACUGAAGAGGUUAAGGUAUGUUAUAUUUCUUACUUAUUACCAGUAUGUUGUUUUCACUAUGUUCUAAGUAACCACUGAGCUUGUAAGGAAAGUGAAUGAUAGACUGAAGGGAAACACAAUACUCACAACAAUAUUAUUCCAUCCAAACAAUGUGCAAUCUACAGUAUUUCAAUGUCAUUCUUGUCUUUUAUAAUACCGUGAAUACGUCUUCUUGUCUUUUAUAAUACGUCUUGCUUUGCUUCUUUGAUUCACUGCCAACACCUUGUCUUUACUCUCUUAGUUUUCCUGAGUGACAAAUGAGGAGCAACACAGAAAUAUACACAACCUCUUCAUUUCUAGUUCAAUUUUUUUUUGCUCCUUUGAUUCAUUGCUGGCACCUUGUCUUUACUCUCUUAGUUUUCUUUAGUAACAAAUGAGGAGCAACACAAAAAAAUGCACAACCUCUUAAUUUCUAGUGUUGUUCUGUUCUUUUUUACUUUUGUACUGGCGGCAUCUCAGUGUUAUGUUCCUUGUUGCAUUAAUGGUGUAGGUUAUAAACAAGAUAUGCCAUAUUAAAAAGAAACUAUGUGAAU